AUGGCUACAAAUAAAAAGUAUCAAAACAUAAGUAUUCAACCACCGAAAAUUCCACGGACUUCUAAAACCAUAUAUGAGUUGCCCAGACAAAACUUAACCGAAUCUGAUCUCGUCAAAAAAUCGACUUCCGACAGAACUAAACGCCGUGUGGCACACAAGGCGUGGUUUCCCCGGCCAGUAAUCACUAAGCCUGUGGUGCCGGUGGUUCCUCAGCGGAAACCAAAAAAAAACCAUGUCUUAAAGAAGGGAUUUUUCUCACGUGUACAGCCCUGCAGAGUAAGGCAAAUUAAUGAGACGGUUGCUUUGGAUUCUGCAAGAACCCAACAUGGCCAGUCGACAAGUUCUGGAGUUGACGAAAGGGUUAAAGCUGACAAAAGAAAGUUGAGAGACUUAGAUUGUGAUGAAGUGACCAAAAAGAAGCAAAAAAAAAAUAAUGCUGACAAGGCAAUAAAUAAAGACGUAAAAGAAGGAAAAAAAUCACACAAACGUAAAGUCAUGUUCUCCGAAACAUCUGCUGGAAAAGCUGAUUUAAAAAUAAGAAAAAAGCAUAUUAAAAAUUAA